ACCUCUUCCCCUUCCUCUCUCUUCCAUCCACCGCCAUAUACACCUUUUUGUUUUCCCGCCCAAGGCCUUUCCCCGCCCGAUUCUUCAGUUUUCACGACCCCAUCUCUCUGUCCCUAUUUCUCUCCGAUCUUCGUUCUUGAAACCCGAGAGGUACGCGCAUUAAAUUUUCUAUCAGAAAUCCAGAGCUCGUAUAAACAUCGCCAAGACUCGGAAUUUCGCUAAGAAUCCACCGGUUUUGAUAACACCCAGGUUUAUCUUUUCAAGAAUCUUAUUAUGUCUUUUAAAAUUCCAGUUUUCGUGUUUAUUUAGACAUAUAGUCAUAAUUCUGAGUUGGGUUGUGGAAGAUUUUAUUGUGGGUGUUCUGUGGUUGGAUGCUCUGAGUACUUAAAAAAAGUAUUUGUGUCGUCGUGGGUGGGGAGGAGGAGGUAUACUAGGGACAGAUUUCCAGGGCUAGUGCUAGCGAAGGCUUACUAAUUUUUGAAGGGUAGCCAUGGGAUCAGCUGGGAUGAAGAGGAGUGCUAGGGUUUCCGGCGAUACGAUUUUAAGGUCAGGGAGACGAUUAGUUUCUAAGCGCAUAAGGUUAACGUCCAUGGCUAUUGUAGAUACCCAAGAAAACAAGGUUGAGCUUAUCGAUCAUGAAAAACAUGAAAGAGAAAUCAAGUUGGGUGAAUCCAAGAAACACAUAAAUGGUACUUAUCAGGUUAAGGGAACUGAUCACGAAGAACCAAGAGAAAUCAAAGAGAAUGGACAUAGAACCGAUGAACAAGACGAUGAGAUCAAAUUGGGGGAAUCAAAGAAAACGAGUUUGGUUGAUGAUAAUCUUGAUGGGGGUGAUAAAGUGAGUCGCACUAAGCAAUUUGGAGCUGUUUAUACCAGGAAACGAAAGAGGACAAUACCCGGUGACUCAAGUUUAAAAAACAAUAGUUUGGAGGAAAAGUGUGGUUCGGAUAAGAUGUUUAAAAAUAAGUACUUUAAAAAGAGGGUUAGAACUAAUUUAGUAUCUGGGAUUUUCAAUUCAAAUUUAGGUUUUAAUGGGAAAGAUGUUUUAUCCAAAGGGCCUGUUAUUUUCUUUGGCACUUGUAGUGACAGAAGUAAUGGGUUUUCUUGUUCUGUUAGUUCAGUUUUAAGAUACAUGAGGAAGGUCAAAGUGUUCUCAUGGAGACAGUUUUCUUCUUUCUUGUUAUCAGAGCUCACCCUUAGUAUUUACUCAUCCAUUGGCAUUCGGUCUUCUCAGGACACUACCUGCAGAAUGGGCCAUGGAUUCUUAAAAGUGUUUGGCUCAGUUCUUUCUAUACCACUCUUUACUGUCGACUUCAUUUCACUUCCAUUCUGCUUCUUGUAUAUGCAUUCAAGCUUACUUUUGAAAUUUGCAUUCCUAUCCUAUGCAUUGAUCUCACAUCCAGUUGUUGAAAAUGCUAUGGAUGAUGAUAUCAAAGUGCCAUCUGUUGUCACUGAACUCCACCAUUUUAGUAAAUAUAUGUUAGUCACAAAGCCUAGAUCUUCCAGAAAAAGGGUACCAAGGGUAUCACUUUUUAAAAAAUGGCAAACCCAUGUAGAUAAUAAUAUAGUGCCAGUGCCUGGUGUUAGGGAAGUAGCAGGAUAUGAACAGGAGGAAUAUGUACCCUUUAGGCUACCGGAUAUUUAUAUUAGUUCAAAAAGUGAUGAAGUUUCUAGAACUUUGCAAAAGAGUUAUCCGAUUUAUGAUAUGGAGUCUGCUGAUGAGGAGUGGUUAAAGAAGUUUAAUAAAGAGCAGUUUGGGGCUAAUGAUUGUGUUUUGGAAGAUACUUUUGAGAAAGUAAUUGAUGCUUUUGAGAGAGGAAGUUAUUGUAGUUCAAUUGAUUAUUCUAAUGCCACAUCAGCGAUUAAUCGGUGUGUAGGGUUGGCAUCAAAGGAUGUUUUAGAGGCUUUGUAUAGGUAUUGGAUGACUAAGCGGAAGAAGAAACGUUCGCCUCUAGUUAGAGUUUUUCAGUGUUACCCGCGUAAAAGAGUUAGAAAACAUGCUACAAAUAUUGUUCUUCGCAAAAAACGGUCACUUAGAAGACGGAAGAGCCAACUUCAUGCAGGAAAACAUGUUGGUUUCUUGAAAGCGAUGCUGAUGAUGAAUGAACAAAAAACACUGGAAGAGGCUGCAAACGCGUAUAUGAAAGUGCAUGAAACGCAAGAAGAUGUAAGGAGGUCAGAAAUGGCAGCCAUUGUUAAACGACAAGAAGCUCAAGCUCUUAUGGAGACUGCUGACUUGGCAACUUACAGAGCGACCAUGGCACUUAGAAUUGCAGAAGCUCGAGCAGCAACCACUGGGUUUUCUUUGUGAGCGAGCCAAUAGAUCCUUCUUUUUUCCCAGUAAAUAGAGGGAAGUAUAUUGUUGUAGAGCGUAUUAUUUUGUGUAAUGCUAUGUUUUUUGAUGAUAAAACCACACAACAGGUUUUAGUUUCUGCCAAAAUAUGGAAAAAAUAAAUAAGAUGCAGGUUUUAUGAA